CCCCUCUGACUAGCACCGUAUUACGAUGACGUCACUUGACGUUCCUUACCCAGGAAGUGAACUGCGGUUGUUGUUCGUUUGCUGAUCCCUUCCUUCACCUAUCUUUGUUUUUUGCGGGCCUAAAUGGCGACGUUUAUUUCAGUCCCGUUAAAAAAGGCGUCGGAAGUAGAUCUGGCAAAACCCCUAUCAAAAUUCGUCACAGCCACCUACCCAUCCGGUGAAGAACAGGUAGAAUAUGUCCGCGCCGUGGAAGAGUUGAACAAGCUGCGCAAAAGUGCUCUGGGGAGGCCGCUAGACAAGCACGAGAGCUCGCUCGAGAUCCUGCUGAGGUAUUAUGACCAAUUCUGUGCGGUGGAGCCCAAAUUCCCAUUCUCUGAAAACCAGGUGUGUUUAACUUUCACAUGGAAAGAUGCUUUUGAUAAAGGAUCAUUGUUUGGUGGAUCAGUCAAGCUUGCGCUGGCCAGCCUGGGCUAUGAGAAGACGUGUGUUCUGUUCAACGUGGGAGCGCUGGCCAGCCAGAUUGCCUCUGAGCAGAACCUGGACAGUGACGAGGGGCUGAGAGCUGCUGCCAAGUUCUACCAGCUGUCCAGCGGGGUGUUCGCCCACAUUAAGGACACGGUCCUCUCUGCUCUGAACCGCGAACCCACCAUGGACAUCUCCCCCGACACCGUGGGCACGCUCAGCCAGAUCAUGCUGGCCCAGGCUCAGGAGGUCGUCUUCCUCAAAGCCACCUCAGACAAGAUGAAGGAUGCUAUAAUUGCAAAGCUGGCCAAUCAGGCUGCAGAUUUCUACGGCGACGCCUUCAAACAAUGCCAGUACAAAGAGAACCUGCCCAAGUAUUUUUACUUCCAUGAGGUGCUUCCUGUCCUGGCUGCGAAGCACUGCAUCAUGCAGGCCAACGCUGAGUUCCACCAGUCCACCCUGGCCAAGCAGCAGAAGAAGUUUGGAGAAGAGAUUGCCCGGCUGCAGCAUGCCACAGAGCUGGUGAAAACGGUGGCGUCUCGCUACGAUGAGUACGUCAACGUGAAGGAUCUCUCCGACAAGAUCUCCCGUGCCCUGACCGCUGCCAAGAAAGACAACGACUUCAUCUACCACGACCGCGUUCCUGAGGUGAAGGACCUGGACCACAUCGGCAAGGCUGCCCUGGUCAAGGCCACGCCCAUUCACGUUCCCAUGAGCCAGAAGUUCACUGAUCUGUUUGAGAAGAUGAUUCCCGUGGCGGUGCAACAAUCCAUGAGUGUGUAUAACCAGCGCAAGUCUGAGAUCGUCAACCGCCUCGUCGGAACCAUGAGAGAGGCCACCAACCUCUGCAACGGGGUCCUGGCCUCUUUGAACCUCCCUGCCGCUCUGGAGGACCUCUCAGGAGACUCUGUGCCCCAGUCCAUCCUGGAAAAGUCCCGCGCCAUCAUCCAGCAAGGGGGGCUGCAGACCGUCGAGCAGCUGAUCAAGGACCUCCCGGAGCUUCUGCAGAGGAACCGUGAAAUCCUGGACGAGUCUCUGAAGAUGUUGGACGAAGAAGAGACGACAGACAACGAGCUCCGGGCCAAAUUCAACCAGCGCUGGAGCCGAACCCCCUCCGGAGACCUGUACAAGUCCCUGAGAGCAGAGGGAGGAAACUUCCGGAGUUUCAUGGACAAGGCGGCGCAGGCGGACCAGGUUGUGAAGGAGCGCUACAGCAGCAACUGCGAGAUGAUAGCCCUCCUGUGCAAACCAGAGGCUGAGCUCACUGCCGCCAUCCCCUCCGCCAACCCUGCCAAGACCCUGCAGGGCAGCGAGGUGGUGGGGGUCCUGCGCUCCCAGCUGGCCCAGCUGGAUGAGGUGAAGAAGGAGCGCGAGGAGCUGGAGAACGACAUCAAGUCGGCCCAGUUCGACAUGACCGGCAAGUUCCUGAGCGCGCUGGCACAGGACGGCGCCAUCAACGAGGAGGCGCUGUCCGUCACCGAGCUGGACAACGUCUACGGGGGCUACACCCAGAAGGUGCAGCAGAGCCUGAAGACCCAGGAGGACAUCCUGGGAAACGUCCAGACAUCCCACCAGGAGUUCUCCACCCUGAAGCAGUCCAACUCCGAGGCCAACGACAGAGAGGAGGUGCUGAAGAAGCUGGCGUCAGCACACGACAGCUACGUUGAGAUCUCCAACAACCUGCGCGAGGGCACCAAGUUUUACAACGGCUUCACCGAACACCUGCUGAAAUUCCAGAACAAGUGCAGCGACCUCGUGUUCGCCCGCAAAACCGAGAGGGACGAGCUUCUCAAGGAUCUCCAGCAAAGCAUCGCUCGGGAACCCAGCGCGCCCUCCUUCACUGCACCCGCGUACCAGUCCAACCCCGCCACUCCCACCCCCGCUGGCCCUGGGGGGCCCACUCCUGCUCCCAGAACUGUGUUUAAUCAGCAGCCACAGACCAAACCACAGCCUCCUGCAAGACCUCCUCCUCCAAACUUCACUCCACAGGCAGCAAACCCCAGCGCCAGCCCCGCAGUGGGCUCUGCCCCUCCACAGACCGGCCCGGCGCCUCCUGUGGCCCCUGCUGCAGCCCCGCCUGGAGCCCCUUCCCCAGCGCAGGGACCUCCAUACCCAUCCUACCAGGGCUACCCUGGGUACUUCCAGAUGCCCAUGGCCUACAACCCGUACACCUAUGGCCAGUAUAACAUGCCAUACGCGCCCUACCAGAACCCAGCACAGCCCGGCUACCCCGGGGCGCCCCAGGCCCCUCAGCACCCCUACGGUUACCCCCAGCAACCACCCCCGCAGCAGCCCUACUACCCCCAACAGUAGGGGGCGCCCCGCACUGUACGUUUACCACACCUGUACUGAAGCCUAACCUUUUCCGCACUUAAUUUUCACAUAUACACGUGUAAUCCCCCCUCUUCAAUCCCAUGUUUUUCUGUAUGUUAACACUUAUUUCUCCCCCAGAACCACUGUAUCAGAAUCUAUGGGGUAGUGUUGCAUUGCUCAGGCCAGGCACAGAAGUGGCAGGUUAACACUCUUUACUGACCUGUAAAAAUAGGCGGCCGUAUGGAACACGCUUCCCUGACGAAAGGGAAGUGUGAGGCCUUAUUCUAGUGAGCGUCACAGUGUCUGAGAGAAAACACCACGCAGCUUGGCUGCCAUUUUCCUUCCUCGCACUGUGGAGUCUGAAAAUGGGCGUGGCUUAGAUUUGUUGCCUCUUAUUUUGGCUUCUGAUUGGCUCUGGCAUGGUGAUCUGCUGUGGUUUGGCUUUUGGUUCUUUUUAUUUUUUAUUAUUAUGAUUAUUUUGUUUACACUCAAAAUUUUACCAUCUAAAAUAAUGGCCCCAUUAUCUUCACUACUAUAAUCUUAUUUUUGUAAUGAAUACUGAUGUAAUGUAAUUAAAUGCUCUGUAGGAUUUUCUUACAUAGAGGAACAUUUUGGGGACUGGAUUUUCAGCCGUUACAGUACCUCUGCUGUCUUGCCUUGUCUAGCUUCAUCGGGCGUCUCUUAGCCAUGUGCUCUUACAAUCAAGGCUUUGGAAAACACUCAUUAAAAAUGAAUAUAUACACACGAGUCUCUCCAGCUCUUAACAAAACCUUUGUGCUACUUUUUUUUGUGUGUGAUUAAAAUCAAAUCUGUAUA